CAGACUGCAGGAUGCACACGGAAACGACACAAGCAACGGAAAAUAUGUUUAUCCAAACUAAUGCGUAAGGCAUGGGGAUACGAUUGGCUACCAGGAAUUAGGAACAGAAUGUAACAUGCGUCGGUGUGGAAAUUGUUCCCCCUUGUCGGGAAUCGCACUAAUAUAUUCUAGCGAGGCGUUCUUUACAAAAUGGCAGCCAUGGUGUGGGGACUGACUGUACUCGCUUCGCGAGGGAAGGACGGAUAUUUAUUUUCAUAGCCUAUUAUUCGUCGUCACAUUAGCAUCAACGCGAGCGGUGAUCAGUCUCCGAGCGAAGCAAGUCUCUCGGUAUUGGUCACUGGCAAGAUGCCAAGUAGUGCAACCUAAGUUGCCAUAGAAACGGUCUCUUCCUUCCAUGACGAUGCAUCGAACGACCAGAAUUAAGAUAACUGAGCUGAACCCCCACCUCAUGUGUGUGCUGUGCGGUGGAUACUUUAUCGAUGCCACCACAAUUAUAGAAUGUCUUCAUUCAUUCUGCAAGAUGUGCAUUGUACGCUAUCUGGAGACCAGCAAGUAUUGCCCGAUCUGUGAUGUGCCAGUGCACAAAACCAAACCUCUGCUCAAUAUAAGGUCUGACAAAACCCUACAAGACAUUGUCUACAAGCUGGUCCCAGGUCUCUUCAAAAAUGAGAUGAAGAGAAGGAGAGACUUUUACGCAGCACACCCUUCUGUAGAUGCGACGACACGGUCUAAUGAGGAUCGAGGGGAGGUGGCAGACGAGGACAAGAGAAUCAUCACAGACGAUGAGAUCAUCAGCCUGUCCAUUGAGUUCUUCGACCACAACAAGGCUAAAAAGACCGGCGUGGCUGAGGACAAACAGUCUAAAGAACGGGUCAAUAAUAAGAGGUAUCUGCAGUGUCCUGCAGCCAUGACCAUCAUGCACCUGAGAAAGUUCCUCCGCAGUAAGAUGGACAUUCCUUGUACCUAUCAGGUUGAAGUGAUGUAUGAAGACGAGCCGCUGAAAGAUUACUACACAUUAAUGGACGUAGCCUACAUCUACACCUGGAGAAGGAAUGGCCCUUUGCCGUUGAAGUACGGCGUCAGACUGAGCUGUAAGAAGAUGAAGAUGAGUCAUCCGCAGCAGGAGGGCCAGAACAGCACCGGUCGGUCCGCUGACAGCGACUCUGCCAGCGACAAAGCCUGCAGCCCUGCCGGCGUCCCCUCCACCUCCUCCUCCUUGCCCAGCCCUGGUACCCCGGUGCAGUCCCCACACUUCCCCCACAUCUCCAAACCCGUCAACGGCGCCUCCACCUCGGCUCCUGCCCCUACCAGACCAUUCCCCUUCGGAAACAAACCGCGGAAGGCCUCGCUGAAUGGUUCUUCUUUGUCCUCGGGACUGGCCUGAAAACCGGGCCAACAGCCAACGCCAGACCGCUCUGCUAAUAUCUUCAUGCCAACGUAGUUCCAUUGUUGUAGACGCUCUCUUUUUGUUAUCGUUGUUCUAAAUAUAUGAUAUAUGUUUACUGUAGUGGAAGUGAAGCAUUUCUAUAGGAACAUAGCAGGGUGGGACGUUAAAGGAAAACUCCACUCUAACAAUAGUUUUGUAUUUUUUCCAUUAUUCCACUGUUUGAUACAGUCCAAACAUAUUUUGCAUGUUUGCAGUCAAGUUUUCUAGAUAGGAUGUUCAAGAAGCGAAGUGUCACUUGCCACAUCAUCAUGAGGAUGUGACAUUUUUCUUCUUGAAAAUCCUAUCUUGAACUUGACUACUGACAUGCUAAAUAUUUUUGGACUGUAUUAACAGUGGAAUAGUGAUGACAAAAAUACCAAAAUGUAGUUUUUUGGUGGAUUUUUCCUUUAAGUUAGUGAAAGGGAUGUUGACCACAGUGAAAAUGUUAGACUGGUGGUGAAUGGCAAAUUAAAGUCCCCCAAAAGCUGCAUUUUAUUCGACAGAUGUAACUGAAGAUGGUCUUUUAUAUUAUUUUCUUUUAAAGUUUUUUUUCUUCAAAUCAGAAUGUGUGUUGAUUCUAUUUUAAGUGUGUAUUUCAGCAUGGUGAUGAAACCUUGUAGACUUUACUAAUAUUUGAAACGGUUGACUCUACAUUGUUCUUUCGAUUGGCUUUUGGAAAGCAUUUCACAAAGAAAUAUUAAUCGAUAUAAUGUGUAAACAACUAUUGUAGUGUUAGGCCCACGAUUCUAGGGGAAAACAUACGAAAUAUCUACUUAAAUGUAGCCUGCAACGCUUUUAUUAGGCUAUACUCGAAAUUGGAAUCGAAUUGCUUAUAGCCUCAAACACCCUGAAGCCUUGCAGUCAUCAAGCAGUUCAGAAAGUCCACACACACACACACACACACACACACAUGUAUAUAGCGAAAUAUAUGCAUAUUUAAUCAGCGAUUGUCAAAUACUUUGACCUGAGCAGCCCCUCUCACCCUUCAUUUCAUGCUCGAUGACAAAUGUUUUGAUGUCUCCUGUGUUCUUUGUAUCUGUAUCGCUCGAUUAUAUGGACAACUAUUGUAUUGUUACUGUUGCACAGUAUAAAAACAUCUGAAUAAAUC